GCGGCGAGCCCGGCACCCCGCGCAGCCCGCCCGGCGUGCCCGCGGCCAUGGAGCAGGACAAGUACCUGCCCGAGCUGAUGGCCGAGAAGGACAGCCUGGAUCCCUGCUUUGUUCACGCCAUGCGCCUCCUGGAAGACGAAAUGGAAAAAUUUCAGGGUUCAGAAGGCAAGAAAGAAGAUGAAGAAAAGAAAUAUCUUGAUGUUAUCAGCAACAAAAACAUAAAGCUGUCAGAGAGAGUUCUGAUCCCUGUCAAGCAAUAUCCAAAGUUCAAUUUUGUUGGGAAAUUGCUUGGACCAAGAGGAAACUCUUUAAAGAGAUUACAAGAAGAAACAGGUGCAAAAAUGUCCAUCCUGGGAAAAGGAUCCAUGAGGGAUAAAGCUAAGGAGGAAGAACUAAGGAAAAGUGGAGAGGCCAAAUACGCACACUUGAGUGAUGAGCUCCAUGUAUUAAUUGAAGUGUUUGCUCCACCUGGGGAGGCGUAUUCUCGUAUGAGUCAUGCCUUGGAAGAAAUAAAAAAAUUCCUGGUUCCUGAUUAUAAUGAUGAAAUUCGCCAGGAGCAGCUGAGAGAGCUUUCGUAUUUGAAUGGUUCUGAGGAUUCGUCACGCGGACGGGGCAUUCGAGGAAGAGGGAUCCGUGUGCCACCUGCAGCUCCUUCAAGGGGCCGUGGGGGUGCCGUUCCCCCGCCGCUGCCCGGACGAGGUGCCCAAGCGCCCCGCGGAGCGCCGGUGACGCGCGGAGCGCUGCCCGUCCCGCCCGUGGCCAGGGGCGUCCCCACGCCGCGAGCCCGGGGUGCCCCGGCCGUGCCGGGGUACCGACCGCCCCCGCCGCCGGCCCACGAGCCCUACGAGGACUAUGGAUACGAUGAUGGAUAUGGGGGUGAAUAUGAUGAUCCAAGCUAUGAGGCAUAUGAUAACAGUUAUGCCACCCAAACACAAAGUGUGCCUGAAUAUUACGACUAUGGUCACGGAACAAGUGAAGAGGCUUAUGACAGCUACGCACAAGAAGAAUGGGCCACGACCCGUUCCAGCCUAAAGGCACCACCUCCAAGGUCAGCCAGAGGGGGAUACAGGGAACACCCCUAUGGUAGAUAUUGAAGGUCCUCCUCAUCUGUGACCUCAUCUCAAAGACAAUUAAUAGCCUGUGGUCUCCACAUAAACAGCAACAAGACAAGGACUCACAGGCACUGGACAGCUAAGCAGCAGAUCUGCUGGGAGGUGGUCAGAUUUUUGGAGCCUUAGGGAAGUACUGUACCUUUUGAAUGGUGUUCAGGGAAUUGAGAGUGCUCAACAUCAUUUGCAAUAAAUCACUUGCUUCUGAAGGACAGCCUCAGGUUGGAACUCUCCACAGCCCUGAGUUCUGGACCUACCAUUACCACCCUCUCUAGGAUAUGCCACCACUCAGAUUUAUAAUGAUCUUCCAGUCUAUAAGAGAAAGAGCUAAAAGAAUGUGGCCAGAAGCUACUCAAGCCUAGCACUGCUCUAGACUGGAGAAAAAAACUCCGUGGAUUUUUCAAGAUUCUGUCUCCUGGCUAGAGCUGGAAAUAAACCCUAGGUACAGAGUACUUCAUUAUGUGCACGAACAGAAAUGCUUAAAUGGAUGAAGCAGCUAUUUACGUCUGAUAGGAGCUAAGUGGGACAUUAAAUUAAUGCCAAACAAGUUAGUGAGACUUUAAUCAAGAAAAAAAAUCUAAUGAACAGUAAUUUGGAACACAGCAUUUGGAAAGGUCAGAAUGGUACAUUACAUCCUUAUUAUCCAAAAGAACAGAUGAGUUUAAUAUCCUGGCAGCAUUUUCCUGUGAAGAAGAUAUUAAACAAGAGCUGAAAAUGGUAUAAGGUUCUUGCUUCCUUUUCUAUGACAAAGAUUGUAACAAGAUGAUGGAACUACACAGAAUAAAUCCCUUUCUGCUGUAA